CGACCUCUUCAUCUCCAUCCACGACAGCGAUCCCCCAGUAGACAGCCUCGAUACCCUCACGCUCAUCUCACAUCUCUGUAAUGUCUGGCACACAAACCCCCAGCGAAUUGCCCGGCGAGGGAGUCCCUGCAGCGCAGAAGACCAGCUGGACCACCUUCGUCAAGUCGAUCGUGUCCUUCUCCGGAGACCUCUCGUCCUUGACCGCGCCGCCGUUCAUUCUGUCCCCCAUCUCGCUCACCGAGUUCCCUGCAUACUGGUGCGAGAGACCCGCCUUAUUCGCAGCGAUCGCGGACGCGACGGAUGAGAAGUCGCGGUCGAUUGCGGUUCUCAAGUGGUUCAUAAGCACGCUCAAGGGCCAGUACACCUCGCGUAACGAGAAACUCGGCUCUGAGAAGAAGCCUUUGAACCCCGUUCUCGGAGAACUCUUCUACGGUUCCUGGCCCGACUACAAUGGCCGCGGACAGACAAACCUGGUGGUCGAGCAAGUCUCGCACCACCCGCCAAUCACUGCCUACUACAUCUCGAACCCGACGAAAGGUCUUGCCCUGCAAGGCCACAGCGCGCAGAAGACCAGCUUUUCCAGCGGUAGCAUCGUCGUGAAGCAGAUUGGCCAUGCCGUCCUCACCGUCGACCUCCCCGGUGGCGGCAAGGAGGAAUUCCUGAUUACUCUCCCCCGUCUCCGCAUCGACGGAAUCUGGUACGGCUCGCCCUACAUCGAGCUCACUGGCCUUUCGUACAUCCAGAGCUCGUCUGGUUGGCUUUCCACGAUCGACUACGAGGCCAAGGAAGGCAGGGGCUACUUUGGUUUCUCCAUCGGCGCCAAGUCCCACUUCUUCAAGGCUGUCCUGACCCCGCCUGGCUCCACGAACCCUGUGAAGAAGUACGACGGCCUGUGGCAUGAGACGUCCAAGGACUCCGACACCGGCGAGACCUUCACUGACGUGCGGACGCCGAAAGAGGAGGUGACUGUCGGCUCGGUGGAGCAGAUGGCGGACUUCGAGAGCAGGAAGUUGUGGCAACACGUCGCGCGGGGUAUCCGGGAGGGGGACUACGAACUUGCAAGUCGCGAGAAGAGCAAGAUCGAGAAUGAGCAGAGGCAAAGGCGAAAGGACGAGCAGGCCGCAGGUACACGCUGGCCGCUCAAGCACUUCGAGCACAUCGAGUCGGACCCUGUCUACGAACGCCUUGGGAAACUGUUCAACGCAACCCCUACUACAGAAGAUACCUACGUGUUCCUGCGCAAUCGCGACUUCCCACCCGCGACGGCCUGAUCGCCUGGCCGACGAGUUCAGGGACAUUGUUUCAGUGCACGUACGCUGGCCGAGUCUCGCCUGUAGUAUGUUAGUAGACUGUAUUCGUAUUGGGUUAAGCUCAUAUAUCCAUUGACCGU